AUACGCGCGACCGAGUCGAAUUUGCGACACAUAACGGUACAAUUAAAGCGUGAUUAUAUCAGUUAAUCACAGCAGUGAAUGAAAACGUCGCGUGUUAUGCGCAAUAACCCUGGAAACGCUGCAUUUGUUCGCUGCAAAGUUGUUAAUGAUCAUUGGCACUGGUUUGCUGGAGCUGCUGUUGAAACAUUGAAUCCGCAGUGAAUGUACAUCAGCUCGUGCUGUUUCACCUUUUACCACAGGUGGAGCAUGAGUGUGGAGUCGAAGUUCUGCUGCGAUGCGUGCUAUUGGCUGUAGGAUGAACCUGCCUGCAGUGCUGAAUGGCUUGCUGGUGUCAGUGGUGGCAGCCUUGCUCUGGAAGUAUGUUCGCCUGAUUGAACACACAUCACAGUUGGAAGAGGAGCUACAUCUCACACGGCAAUCACAGGAGUUCUCACAGGUACAAAUAGACUACCACGGCGCCCUGUUAGCACUCCAAGAGCAUGGCACCAGAAUGGUCUGCACUGGCAAGAUGCACACUGACCGCAUCUGCCGCUUUGACUACCUCUGCUACUGCACAGAGGCAGAGGAGUUUGUAUUCUUCCACAGUAAUGCCUCUGUGAUGCUGCCCAAUCUUGGACCUCGUCGUUUCCAGCCUGCCCUUCUAGACCUCUCCUCUGUUGAGGAUCACAACACUCAGUACUUCAACUUUCUGGAGCUCCCAGCUGCAGCUCUAAAGUUCAUGCCUAAGCCUGUGUUUGUGCCAGACGUCACUCUCAUUCUGAACCGAUUCAACCCUGAUAACCUCAUGCACAUCUUCCAUGAUGAUCUUCUGCCUAUUUACUACACAAUGCAGCAGUAUUCAGACUUGGAUGAUGAGGGCAGGCUUGUCUUCAUGGAGGGUUGGGGUGAGGGAGCUCACUUUGAUCUCUACCGCUUGCUGAGCAGUAAGCAACCACUACUCAAGGAGCAAUUGAAAGCCUUUGGCAAACUCAUGUGCUUCACCAAAUCUUAUGUGGGAUUAUCAAAGAUAACAACGUGGUACCAAUAUGGCUUUGUACAACCGCAAGGACCCAAAGCCAACAUUCUGAUUUCAGGCAAUGAAAUUCGUCAAUUUGCUUCGUUUUUGAUGGAGAGGCUUAACAUCACGAGACAGGAGAAGAUGGACAAUGAUGAUUACAUUGUAGUUUUUAAACGUACAACUAACAGGCUCAUUCUUAAUGAGGCCGAACUUAUUCUGGCUUUAGCCCAAGAUUUUCAGAUGAGGACUGUCACUGUGUCUUUGGAGGAUCAGUCGUUUGAUAACAUUAUCCAAAUUAUUAGCGGGGCAUCUAUGUUGGUUAGCAUGCACGGAGCCCAGAUGAUCACCUCCAUGUUCUUGCCACGUGGUGCUGCUGUGGUCGAGCUCUUCCCAUACGCUGUAAACCCAGAGCAGUACACGCCCUACAAAACCUUGGCCUCUUUACCUGGCAUGGACCUUCAGUAUGUCACAUGGAGGAAUACCUUUGAAGAGAACACGGUUACAUAUCCUGAUCGCCCCUGGGACCAAGGUGGCAUCAUCCACUUGGAGAAAGAGGAACAAGAACGUAUCCUCGCCAGCAAGGAGGUACCAAGACAUCUCUGUUGUCGUAAUCCAGAGUGGCUUUUUCGCAUUUACCAGGACACUACAGUGGACAUUCCCUCCUUUCUGGAUGUACUCAGAGAGGCUCUGAAAUCCAAGACUAAUCUUAAGAAGGCCAAAGUAGCUAUCACAAUACAUCCUGGUCGUGUCAGAGAGCCCAAGUGCCAGACUUCAGUACAGGCCACUAAUGAAGCAAAGCUCUCAGUAUCGUGGCAGAUCCCGUGGAACCUGAAGUACCUGAAAGUUAAAGAGGUGAAAUAUGAAGUGUGGAUCCAGGAGCAGGGAGAGAACACAUAUAUGCCUUACAUCCUUCCCCAUCAAAACUAUACCUUUUCAGAGAACAUCAAACCCUUUACCACUUAUCUAGUGUGGGUGCGUUGUAUCUUUAAUAAGAACCUUCUGGGCCCCUUUGCAGAUGUUCUUAUAUGUAAAACCUGAUUCAGUAAUCAGAACUCAAAUGUUACACUGUUGUUAACGAACCCAGUGGAGAAUUAAUCAUAGGAUUAUUUCUACGGAGCUAUCCUGAGAAUGAAAUGGUGUGACAUGGGUGAUUUUUCAAUCUCGGUUGAUAUUUUCACUUGAUUUUUCUUCAUGGUCCUUGUGAAGCAUUACAGAACCGAGUGAAAAGUAACUGCACUGCAAUGAAGGAUGGAAGAGAAUGCAAUCUACAGAAUUGGCAAAGCAUUUAAAUUUCAGUUCACCAUCCAAGGAAAGUUCUCAUUGGUUUUAUAUAUUUAGAAAUGUAGUGUAUUUUGUGGUUUCUAUUUGUAUUUAUAAGUCUUUGACAUCUGCUUUUGUUGAGAGACUGCAAACUUUGGCAUAUUUCAAGACUUAAUUGACUUGAACUGGAUUUUAUGUGACUGACUGUGUCCUCUCAUUCCCAAGGUUUUGCAUUGGUUUUUUUUUUUGUGUUUUUGUUUGUUUGUUUUUUCGCAUUCAUUUGGAGUAGGAAAUAUAGUGUGAAUUAAUUGCAAGCUAUUCAGAACAAGAAAUAAAAUCAAUUUGUAGAUAUUCUGACUUCUUAAAAAUCUGCUACUUAAAAAUAGGCUGCUUAUAGCUAGUUCUGUUGUCUUUAAAAUUCUAAAAAAUAUUCCAAUUCAAAACCAUUAAUUAUAAUUUAUUAGAAAGGGAAUAUUUUAAUUGUUUGCCUGUGAGAUAAGGAAUUUAGAUAAUUCGUUGAAGGUGUGAAUUCAGUGGAUCUUUGAUGAUUGGGGUGAAGUUUGUAAGAUAUUGUGUUCAGAAAUUAUUUUGGUUAUUUUGGUGGCAUGUCAACAAGUAGCUGCAUAUUUGUGCAAUGAUAGUAUGGAUGGUGGUAGCAGUGUAGUGGUUACAGAUCUUAGCUGGUAAAAAAAAAGGGAUUCCAACUUUGGAAAGGUCGAUACACAAAUAAUUAUUGUUACUGAGUUGUACUGAUAGUUGGUUGUGGUAAAAAGCAUUUGCUAAAUGUCAACUAAAGAAGUAACAAUACUUCAAUAUAGCCCUCUAUGCCUGCAUAAGCCUUACAGAAUUCAAAAUUGAAGAUGUUUAAUGAGUAGUUGUUUCAUAUGCUGUGCAAAGAAUCCACUGUUGUGUGUCAAAUGUGAUUCUUAUGUCCUUUUAUUUAACACAAUAAUGAACAUAUACAAAAUCUGCACCAAUGAGCCACAUUAUGAUCACCUGCCUAAUAUGCUGUUGGUCCUCCACAUGCCUCCAAAACAGCCCGACCCGCAGAGGCAUGGACUCUACAAGAGCCCUGAAGGUGUCCAGUGCUAUUUGGCACCAAGUCAAUGCCAGCAGAUUCUUCAAGUCCUGUAAGUUGCAAGGUGGAGAUUCCGUGGGGUACAGCACAUCCCGCAGAUGCUCAAUCAGACUGAGAUCUGGGGAAAUUGGAGGCCAGGACAACACCUAGAACUUUUCAUCAUGUUCUUUAAACUAUUCCCGAACAAUAUGUGUAGUGUGGCAGGACGCAUGAUCCUGCUGAAAGAGGCCAUUGCCAUCAGGGAAUACCAUUGCCAUGAAGGGGUGUACCUGGUUUGCAACAAUGUUUAGGUAGGUAGCACGUGUCAAAUUAAUUCCCUCAUAAAUGGCCGGACCCAGGUUUUCCCAGCAGAACAUUGCCCAGAGCAUCAUACUCUCUCCAAUGUCUUGUCAUCUUCCCACAGUGCAUCUUGGUUCCUUCACUUCCCCAGGUAAAAGGUGCACAUGUACACGGCAGUCCAUGUAAUGUAAAAGAAUAUGGACUCAUUGGACCAGGCGACCUUCUUCGACUGUGCAAUAGUCCAGUUCCGAUGCUCACAUGGCCAUUUUAGGUUCUUUCGACAGUGGACUACGUAGCUGCUGACCUGUCAGAGUGCCCAUGAUGAUGACCCCUCAUCAUGGGCACUCUGAAAGUUAGCAGCUAAAUAGUGCCCCCAUACGCAGCAGGGUGAGAUGCACUAUGUGUUGUGACACAUUUCUCCCAUAGCACUCGUUAAAGUUUUCUGUGACUUGUGCCACAGUAGAACUUUUGCCAGUUCAGACCAGGCGAGAUAGCUUUUGUUUUUUUAUGCGCCCAACAACCUCUCGCCGGUUUGUCCCUCUUUGGACCACUGUUGGUACAGUUUCAGAGAUGCUCUGGCCCAGUCAUCUGGCCCUUGUCGCUCAGGUCUUAUCUCCUGCCCAAUUCUCCUGUAUCCAACACGUUGACCACAAGAAUUGAUUGUUCUCUUACCACUUGUCCUGUAUCGUCACCUGUAAGUGAUCAUAAUGUUUUGGCUCAUUAGUGUAAAUCGCAGACUUCUCUAGUGAAGGGCCACAAACCAAUUUCUGUUGCUUUAGAUUUUUUGCAUGUCUUUUAUAUGUCUUAAAUGCACAAAGAUGAGCUUUGUUGUGCUGGUUGAUGGAUUAUUAAAUUAUUAUAAAAAUUAUUUAUCAAAGAAGUCUCUGGAAUGCUUUACAUACUGUAACCCAGAUUUGUCAAAGGUUCCACUGUGUGUUUGAAAUAUUAAAAUUCACUGCUGUGAUUAAUGAAUGAAACUUAAAAUUCAGCAACCAUCCACUUACUUUUCUUUGUUGAUCUAUUUUGCCUAUUAAGUUUCACUUUGUCCUUUGCUUUAAGGGUGUUCAGCGUAACAGUGGUGGCUCAGCGGUUAAGGCUCUGGGUUACUGACAGAAAGGUCAGGGGUUCAAGAUCCAAGAUACCACUGUUGGGCCCUUGAGCAAGGCCCUUAACCCUAUCUGCUCCAGGGGCGCUGUAUCGUGGCUGACCCUGCGCUCUGACCCCAGCUUAGUUGGGAUAUGUGAAAACAACUGCAUUUCAUUGGCUCUGCACAAUGACAAUAAAGUUGAAUCUUAAUCUUAACAUGGAAAUCAAUUAAAUUGAUGCUUAAAUACAUUAAAACAAGAACAUUUCUAAUUGAAAUUUGCAAGCCUCAACCAUGCUUUUUAUUAGCAUUCCUGUUUUGAUGGUAAUUAUAUUACAAAAAUAAUUCAUUUAAUCCAUGUGUAAAAUAAAAUGGCAGAAAUGGCCUGUGCAUAUGAUCAGAGAGAAAGGUUAUCUACAAUUUUCUGGUUUAUUCUCUCAUUUCAAUAAUUUGAAGGUAGUUUAGACAUAGAAAGGGAAGGAUGUUUGUUGAAUUGGAGACUUCAGUCCUUAAUUAUUCCUGUAAACUUUCCCGUUCCCUGUGCCAGUUGAUGAAAUUUACCAUUAUGUGCCACUGGAAUGUCAUACAUCAUUUUUGUCACUUUUUAAUAGGGCUGUGGGAUAUGGCUGCAAAAUAUUCUCCAUAUUUUUUAGCUUAUUGACAUUAUUCAAUAAAU